AUGGCCACCAUCACCUGCACCCGCUUCACGGAAGAGUACCAGCUCUUCGAGGAACUGGGAAAGGGAGCCUUCUCAGUGGUGCGCAGGUGUGUGAAGGUGCUGGCUGGCCAGGAAUAUGCUGCCAAGAUCAUCAACACUAAGAAGCUCUCGGCCAGAGACCACCAGAAGCUGGAGCGCGAAGCCCGCAUCUGCCGCCUGCUGAAGCACCCCAACAUUGUCCGGCUCCACGACAGCAUCUCCGAGGAGGGACACCAUUACCUGAUCUUUGACCUCGUCACCGGCGGGGAGCUGUUUGAAGACAUCGUGGCCCGGGAGUAUUACAGUGAGGCAGAUGCCAGUCACUGUAUCCAGCAGAUCCUGGAGGCCGUGCUGCACUGCCACCAGAUGGGGGUGGUACACCGGGACUUGAAGCCGGAGAAUCUGUUACUGGCCUCCAAGCUCAAGGGCGCCGCAGUGAAGCUGGCGGACUUUGGCCUGGCCAUAGAGGUGGAGGGGGAACAGCAGGCAUGGUUUGGUUUCGCAGGGACACCCGGAUACCUCUCCCCAGAAGUGCUGCGGAAGGACCCGUACGGGAAGCCUGUGGAUCUGUGGGCCUGUGGGGUCAUCCUGUACAUCCUGCUGGUUGGGUAUCCCCCAUUCUGGGAUGAGGACCAGCACCGCCUGUACCAGCAGAUCAAAGCCGGCGCCUAUGAUUUCCCGUCACCAGAAUGGGACACCGUCACCCCGGAAGCCAAGGAUCUGAUCAACAAGAUGCUGACCAUCAACCCAUCCAAACGCAUCACGGCCGCCGAGGCCCUCAAGCACCCCUGGAUCUCGCACCGAUCCACCGUGGCCUCCUGCAUGCACAGACAGGAGACCGUGGACUGCCUGAAGAAGUUCAACGCCAGGAGAAAACUGAAGGGAGCCAUCCUCACCACUAUGCUGGCCACCAGGAACUUCUCUGGCGGGAAGAGUGGAGGAAACAAGAAGAACGAUGGUGUGAAGAAAAGAAAGUCCAGUUCCAGCGUUCAGUUAAUGGAAUCUUCAGAAAGCACCAACACCACCAUUGAGGAUGAAGACACCAAAGUGCGGAAACAAGAAAUUAUAAAAGUGACAGAACAGCUGAUUGAAGCCAUAAGCAAUGGAGAUUUUGAGUCCUACACGAAGAUGUGUGACCCCGGGAUGACAGCCUUCGAACCCGAGGCCCUAGGGAACCUGGUCGAGGGCCUGGACUUCCAUCGAUUCUAUUUUGAAAACCUGUGGUCCCGGAACAGCAAGCCUGUGCACACCACCAUCCUGAAUCCCCACAUUCACCUGAUGGGUGACGAGGCGGCCUGCAUCGCCUACAUCCGCAUCACGCAGUACCUGGAUGCGGGCGGCAUCCCCCGCACGGCCCAGUCGGAAGAGACCCGCGUCUGGCACCGCCGGGAUGGCAAAUGGCAGAUCGUCCACUUCCACAGAUCUGGGGCACCCUCCGUCCUGCCCCACUGAAGGACCAGGCUGGGGGCGCUGUACCGCAGAGAUCCACCGUUCGCCCGUGCAAUGUGGCUGCUGAUUCUCCCGCUUGGAUUUUGCUGGAAUUCCCCCAAUCACAUCACCCCAUCGCCACCACCAUCACCGUCACCUUCAUCCCUGUGUCAAGAAAACCUGCCUGUUCGCAAAAGCCAUCAUGACUUCAGAGCAGAUGGCGACAUCUCCCCGUCACCACCCGUCCCCUGCCAGGGCAGGGCUUCCUCAGGCCCACGUGCCCUGGGUGCUGGACCCGAGGACCCCCCCCGCCCCCCCCCAGCUGUCAUUAGCCUGGUCUUGCCUUGGCCGUAAGCCACAGUGCCCAGCUGUGUAUUCAUCCGGGGGCUGGGGAGGAGGGGCGGAACCGGGAGGAAGGUGGCAUCCGCCAGGUCCUCUCCCUGAUCUCGCCUCUUCCGGGGUCCUCUAGGGGAGGGCAGAAGAAGGCCCAGUCCCCGGAGCCAACCUCCCCCGGGGGAGAGGGGGAGAGAAGAGCGGAUGCCAGGAGGCUCCCGCCUCAAACUGCCUUCCUAACUCUUCUCCCAUCCUGUCCCGCCCUCCCGCUCUCCAGCCAACCCUCCUCCCUCAGUGUGGGGAGCGCGAUCCUCUCAGGGUGCCCCCACUUCUUUCCUUCCUCCUUGUGCUGAUGUUUACUUCCAACACUAACUGCCCAUUCCGCCCUUCCAUCAGGCCCGGAGAAUUCCAGCUUCAUCACAUCCAAGGGAUAGAAUCUGAUUGCUUUCGGGGGGCAAAAGAAAACGGCGUUUAGGUAUCACUUCUACUUGGACCGCAUGCCUUUUUAUAGCCAAACUUCCGUGUGUUUCGUAAAUGGAUUUUGCGUUAAUGGAUAUGUAUGUAAUAA